AUGGCCACUGUUGUUGAGAUGACUAUUGAAAAAAUUGACGAAGUUAAAUCACGCCUUGGACGAUCUUUGGGUACGCCAAUGAGACUUCGUGAUCUUAUUCGUCAAGUGCGUGCAGCAAGAACGAUGGCAGAAGAGCGUGCAGUUGUUGAGCGGGAAAGUGCAAAUAUAAGGGAAACUUUUCGUGACGAUGAAAGUCCAUGGAAAUGCCGUAAUAUUGCCAAAUUGCUAUACAUUCAUAUGCUUGGUUAUCCAGCACAUUUUGGGCAGAUGGAGUGCAUGAAACUGGUUGCACAGCCGAGAUAUACGGAUAAAAGAAUCGGUUAUUUAGGUGCUAUGUUAUUGCUUGAUGAACGAUCCGAAGUCCAUUUAUUGGUCACAAAUUCUCUUAAAAAUGAUUUGAAUGCUUCAACUCAAUUUAUAAGCGGCCUUGCAUUAUGUACUUUCGGUUCCAUAUGUUCUUCAGAAAUGUGUCGUGAUCUAGCCGGCGAAAUAGAAAGGUUGAUCAAGUCAAGUAACACCUACAUUAAAAAAAAGGCAGCACUUUGUGCUUUCCGUAUUGUUCGUAAGGUACCAGAAUUGAUGGAAAUGUUUAUUUCAUGCACAAAAGCCUUGAUAAAUGAGAAAAAUCAUGGAGUUCUUAUGGGUGGCAUUACGUUAGUCACAGAAAUGUGUGAGCGAAGUCCUGAUGUUCUCGAUCAUUUUAAAAAGUUAGUUCCCAACCUGGUUCGUGUUUUAAAGAAUCUUUUGAUGAGUGGUUAUUCUCCUGAGCAUGAUGUCACCGGAAUUAGCGAUCCAUUUCUUCAGAUCAAGAUUUUAAAGUUAUUGCGUAUUUUGGGACAUGAUGAUGCUAAAACAAGCGAAGAAAUGAAUGAUAUUCUUGCUCAGGUUGCAACUAAUACGGAAACUUCAAAAAACGUUGGAAAUGCAAUACUUUAUGAGACCGUUCUGACAAUAAUGGAAAUUCGAAGUGAAAGUGGUCUUCGUGUUUUAGCUAUCAAUAUUCUUGGAAGAUUUUUGCUCAAUCCUGAUAAAAAUAUACGAUAUGUUGCGCUUAAUACAUUGUUGAAAACAAUAAAUGUUGAUUAUAAUGCUGUUCAACGCCACAGAACAACUGUUGUUGAUUGCUUGAAGGAUCCGGAUGUAUCGAUUAGGAAGAGGGCGAUGGAAUUAUGUUUUGCAUUAAUUAAUGAAACGAACAUUACUAAUAUGACCAAAGAGAUACUUAUUUUCUUAGAAACAGCAGAUCCAGAAUUUAAAGCGGAAUGCGCUUCGAAGAUGUAUAUAGCCACUGAAAAAUUCUCUCCUAAUUAUGGAUGGCAUCUCGAUACGAUGAUCAAAGUUCUUAAAUUGGCUGGAAAUUACGUACCUGAUGAAGUUGUCUCUUGUAUAAUACAACUUAUAUCGUCUCAUGCUGAUAUACAGUUGUAUGCAGCCAUUCAGCUGUACCAAGCAGUAAGAAACGAUAUUGUUAGUGAACAACCAUUGCUUCAGGUUGCUUUUUGGACAAUCGGUGAAUUCGGUGAUUUAUUAUUGCAAGCGUCAGAAGAUGAUUCAUUAAGGAUCGAUGAAUCCAAUGUGAUAGCGAUUUUUCAACGUAUUUUAUCUUCGACUUUAACAAGUACUGUUACCAAAUCAUACGCAAUUAUGGCAUUGACAAAACUUGAUACGAGAUUUACAACCGCGAAUAAUCUUAUUCGCCAACUUAUAUCCGCAAAUACCACCCAUCUUCAUUUGGAACUGCAGCAGAGAUCCGUGGAAUUUUCUAAUCUUUCAUGUGGUAGGUUUGGUCUCUUGGAGCGUAUGCCAAUAAUCACUCGGAAUACAUUAAAUGCUGCAGCCCAGCCAAUUGAACCAAAUGAUAAUAUUAUAGAAGAAAUGCAGCGCAAUUCCCACAUAGAUAACGCAAAUAAUAUAUUAUCAGCUAAUAAUGAGGGUCCAUCUACAUUAAUAAUCGACAACAAUGGUAUAAAAGGUACUCUUUAUGUGGAGAGAAAUUUUAAUGGUAACGAACCAGCAUCAUUGCAACUUAUUGCAACAAAUAGUAAUGCUAUUUCAGUCGAUAAUUUUAAUUUUCAAGCUGCUGUCACAAAGGUUUUUUUCAAAUUUUCAAUUGUUGUGAUUAAUUUGAAAAAAAACGGCUGA